CGUCCCCUCCCGGCAGGUCGGACCUGCACUCCAUGUCGGGGCGGCGGCACCACGGGGUACCGAGCGUGCUGGGGCACGAGGCGGUGUUAGAGGUGGUGCGGGACCGCCGGGGGGACCGCGGGCUGCCCGCUGGAUCACGGGUCACCUUCUCCAUCAUAGACUCGUGCUUCAACUGUGACAGAUGUUCAGUCGGCCUCCCUCAGAAGUGUCGCCAGCUCUUCAAGUAUGGCCACGCUCUCCUUAACAACGGGACGGGCUUCAACGGUUGCUACGCGACGCACCUGGUUGUUAGGCGUGGUGUUCACGUCGUCCCCCUCCCCGAUCACGUGACGGACAGAAUGGCGGCCCCCGUCAACUGCGCCCUAGCAACGGUCGUCAACGCCGUGUCGUGCAUUCCUGGGAACGAGAACAUCGCCGCCGAGUUUCGACACCAGCUGAACGUAGGGCUGGAAAACGUCACGACUGGCGGCGAUGACGUCACCCCUAGUUACCACGGCAACAGCGACGUAACGAGCAAGGGCCCAAUCAUGGUGCAGGGUGCGGGUCUGCUUGGGCUGUACGCAUGCGCGUUGCUAAGGGAACGAGGCUACGAACACGUGUACUGCACGGAUAUUAACGAGGAGCGACUGAAGCUCGUUCCCAGGUUCGGAGGGACACCCGUCUUGGCGGGAAAAGAGGACCCGGAGGAUUCUGGGAAGGAGAAUACUUUCCAUGCUGUUAUUGAGGUGUGCGGUGCUCCCUCGGUGGUGCCCUCGGGUGUCCGGCUGCUGCGGCCCGGGGGUACGUACGUGCUGGUGGGCAUGGUGCACCCGCAGUCACAACUCGACAUCAGGGGCGAUCAAAUCAUCCAGAAAUGUCUGUCCAUUCACGGCGUGCAUAACUACGCCCCCUGGCACCUGACAGCGGCGGUGCAGUUCCUGUCGCGGACGGCCAGCAAGUACCCGUAUGAAGACCUGGUGGGGGAGGAGUUCCCGCUGUCCGAGUUCUCAGCCGCGGCAGAGAUGGCAGAGAGACAGGUGUACCCUCGUGUGGCGCUCAAGCCGUGAGACGCAGCGUCAAGGUGGUUGACCUCACUACAUUAAA